AUGUACUCCCUUGGUGCUCAGCCCCUGGUGCAAUUUCAGAAGCAUCUAGAAGAAGAUGGAGUGGAAGACAUGACCCAGCUGGAAGACCUACAUGAUGGUGCGGUGUUGUACAAUUUAAAGAAGAGGUUUGAAAAGCAAGUGAUAUAUACAUACAUUGGCAGCAUCCUUUUAUCUGUGAAUCCAUAUAAGAUGUACAACAUUUAUGGGACUGACACUGUGCUGAAAUACAAAGGGAAAUCGUUUGUGGAUAACCCACCCCACCUUUUUGCCAUUGCUAAUGUGGCCUACUCAAAAAUGGUUGAUGCCAAACACAAUCAAUGUAUUAUUAUAAGUGGUGAAAGCGGUUCAGGCAAGACUGAAGCCACCAAACUGGUCCUCCGCUAUCUAGCUGCGGUGCACCACAAACACAAAGACAGUGUGACCCAUCAGAUUCUUGAAGCCACCCCUCUUCUGGAGUCAUUUGGGAAUGCCAAAACUGUACGAAAUGAUAAUUCCAGUAGGUUUGGGAAAUACAUUGAAAUUUUUUUGCAGGAUGGAGUGAUAUGCGGUGCCAUAACCUCACAGUAUCUUCUUGAAAAGUCAAGGAUUGUGUUUCAGGCCAAAAAUGAAAGAAAUUACCAUAUUUUCUAUGAGAUGCUGGCAGGACUCCCAAGUCAGCAGAAGCAAAAGUUCUACCUGCAGGAGGCUGAGACAUAUUACUACCUGAAUCAGGGUGGAAACUGUGAAAUUUGGGGGAAGGAUGAUGGGGAGGACUUCCUCAGGCUACUCAGCUCAAUGGAGGUGCUUGGUUUUAGCCCAGAAGAACAGAACAGCAUUUUCCGCAUUCUCUCUUCGGUUCUUCACCUGGGGAAUGUCUACUUCGAGAAAUAUGAGACCGAUUCACAAGAGGUGGCAUCAGUAGUCAGUGCUCAUGAAAUCCGAGUGGUGGCAGAACUACUACAGGUGUCUCCUGAGGGUCUGCAAAAAUGCAUCACGUAUAAAGUGACGGAAACCAUGAGAGAGAAGAUUUUCACCCCUCUAACAGUGGAAAGUGCAGUUGAUGCCAGAGAUGCUGUUGCCAAGAUUCUUUACUCUCUGAUCUUCAAUUGGCUCACUGAUAGGAUAAACACGUUGGUUUCUCCAAAGACAGAAUCCAUGUCUAUAGCCAUCCUAGAUAUUUAUGGAUUUGAGGAUUUGUCCGUAAACAGUUUUGAACAGCUGUGCAUUAAUUAUGCUAAUGAGUACCUACAAUACUUUUUCAAUAAGAUCAUCUUCAAAUUGGAGCAGGAGGAGUAUAUCAAAGAACAGAUUGACUGGAAACAAAUUACUUUCAAUGACAACCAACCCUGCCUUGAUCUUAUUUCACAGAAGCCUCAUGGGAUCCUCAGGAUAUUGGAUGAUCAAAGCUCUUUCCCACAGGCGACUGAUCAUACCUUCCUGCAAAAAUGUCACUAUCACCACGGCAACAAUCCCCUGUACUCAAAGCCAAAAAUGCCUCUGCCUGAAUUCAGCAUUAAACAUUAUGCUGGGAAAGUGACAUACCAGGUCCAUAAAUUUGUUGAGAAAAAUCAUGAUCAGGUUCGACAAGAUGUCAUAGAACUGUUUGUGAACAGCAAAAUAAAGAUUCUGACCAGUCUUUUCGUGGGGCAAACCAUGAAGAUGAUGUCAAAUAAGAACAGUACCAUCAGCCGAAGGUAUGCUCCCACUGUGGCAGCCAAAUUCCAACAGUCUCUGAUGGAACUGGUGGAGAAGAUGGAAAGCUGCAAUCCUUUCUUUGUCCGCUGCAUCAAGCCAAAUAACAAAAAGGAGCCUGAACUCUUUGAGGUUGAUGUUGUCAGCUCACAACUGCGAUAUUCGGGGAUUCUGGAGACCAUCAGGAUCCGUAAGGAGGGCUACCCUGUGAGGAUUACCUUUGAUAAUUUCAUCAAGAGGUACAAAAUCUUAUUGGGACUAACAAAUCAAAUAAAGGCAGAUGGUGAAAACUGCGUUGCCAUUUUGAAACAGAUUGUUCCAGUCAGUAGAGGAAUGUACAGCAUUGGACUUACCAAGCUUUUUAUCAAGGAGAAUUUGUACCACACUCUAGACAGUAAGCGGGAUGGCCUCAUGCUCAUUGCCUCUCUUACUCUGCAACGCUAUGCCCGUGGAUUUUUUGCCAGAAAGCGUUAUACAAAACUCCGGAGAACAAUCAUACUGCUUCAGGCUUCAGCCAGAGGCUACAUUGCCAGGAAAAAAUUCCAAAAGUUUAAGGAAAACUUGAUCAAAGUCCGAUCCAUUGUUCUCAUGUUUACAAAUCGCAGAAGAUUUCUCAGGAUCCGAGAACAAAAACAGGAGAGGAUUGAGAUGGAACAAACAAUGAGAGAAGUGGUGAACGUUGCCCACCUGGACAUUCCAGCUGAGUUGGCCACCUUACUCCAAGUUGCAGCAGUUAGUAAAGAAAUCCACACAGAUUGUAUUAUCCAGACUGAAAUUCCAAAGAUGGAGUCAGGGCAACAGCUAUCAAUGCCUCUUGAUAUCAACAACUAUCCUUUCUCCAGAUUUGUACGGACUCAUUUCAGGAACCAAUUAUUUGGUAUGUUGACCAUUCCACUGGAAGAAGCAUUGACCCAAACAGAUGAGGACUUAAGGCAAGAAGCUGUUACAGUCUUCAAGCUGAUACUACGAUUCAUGGGGGACCCCCAUCUGAAUGGAGCUCAAGAAACCCUCUUUGGUAAUUACAUAACCCAAAUAGGGUUGGCCAACUCCAAUCUACGCAAUGAAAUCCUCGCUCAAAUAGCCAAUCAAGUGUGGAGAAACAUCAAUGAUAAGAAUGCAGAGAGAGGCUGGCUCUUAUUGGCUACAUGUCUCAGUUGUUUCGCUCCCUCACCUAAAAUGGACAAGUAUCUUCUGAAGUUUGUGUCAGAUCAUGGUUACAAUGGAUUUAAGUCUGUAUGUCAGCACAAGUUACUACAGGCAAUGCAUAAGGCCAAGUAUGGCCCUGAAGGAGCCAGAGGCUAUCCACCAUGCCUUUUGGAGUGGACUGGCAACAAGAGGAAAGCUAACAUUGCAUUAGAGGUAUCCUGCUUUGAUGGCAAGAACUUUCUGUGCCCAGUGAAUUCCUGGACAACAGGAGAGGAACUGGGACAAGAUCUCCUGCGGCACAGGGAUAUUACAGAAGGUUGGCGAGGUUGGACAGUGGCAAGGAAGGAUAAAGAUGAAUGGACUGAGCUUGGAGGUCAUGACUACGUAAUGGACUUAGUGUCUGACCUGGAGCUCCUGACAGAUUUUCCAAGGCAAAAAUCCUUCUUUAUGAUUUCUUCUGAGGGAAAGACAAGAAGUCGGAAGAGUCAAAACGUUGUUUUUGGCCAUGAUUUUGACUCGGAUGAAGAUAUUCCUUCGCCCCCUGUCACCCAGGCACCCAUCUUUGUGCCAGACUCGGACAGAUGUCUCACAGGAUCCAUUCGGCGAGAUUCUGAUGCCUUCAAUGAACGUCGGUCUCAAAAAGGACUCGAUCGCUAUCUUGAUAGCCUGUUUGAUCCUGUUUUAUCUUAUGAAAAUGUGGACUUGGAGCGAACUUCCUUAGUGUCAAACAGAAUGAAGGGAGGCGGAAAAGUAGGACCUGACAAUGGAGACGGAACUCAGCUGAGCCAUCAGGGACUUGCCAAGAGGACUGGAGCCCAGCUGGGCUAUGAUCCUUCUCAAAUAAAUGCCCAGCAGCAAGAAUUCAUAAACCAGCAAGCUUACCUUCUGGCCCAGCAAAUGACCAUGCAGGCCAUGGCUCUCCAACAGCAAGUGACAAGUGCCAGCUCCCCAGACGCCAUGCUGAACCAUAACCACAGCACUGCCAUGAAAGCCUCUAACAACAACCAAAAAAUGAGCCUCUCUCUUCAGACAAAUGCUGCCAACAAAGAUUUAGUCCAGCCAGUGGUCUCCCAACAUGCUGCCAAAGGAAAGCCAGCUGUCAACACGCCCAGAGCUUCCCAAACACCAAAACUCAAUGUUGUAACACAAGGCCCUGUUCGUCACACAACAUUGAAUUCAGAGCACUUUCCAGAGCCAACUCACAACAUCAAGGACAUCAUAAAGCAAUAUGAGCAGCCAGCAACUCGCAAGCAAGCUGGGCUAAUCAGAAAGGAACGUGGUAAGAUAUUCACCAGGAAGACAGACCCCCAUGAAGAGGCCAUGUCUAUCUUGAAAGGACAGAAAACACUAUAUGUAUCCCAGAAACCUGCUCUAUUAAAGGAAAAGAGUUCCAGUGAAACUGUUGCCAUGGUGAAGCCAGUUGGUGGCUCAGCAAUGAAAGCCAGCCCCCGUCCAAUGCCAGUUGUCUCUGCCAGGCGUCCUAUAUUCUCAGGAGCCUCAAUUUCCAGAGAACUGACAGGAAGUGAUGAGAGGAUCCAGACUCAACUACAUGGGCGACCUUGUGAAGCCUGCUACACCUACAGCAACGUGCCCUGGAAUAUCUAUGCCCGUAAAGAGGUGUUUUAUCCAAAUGACAAUUUCCACGGUCCUGUAGUACUGGAUCUAAUUUUCAGACAGAUUGUGUACGAUACAUUCUCUGAAACGUGUGUGAGACUGAACAAAGAGCAGCAAAUGAAGAUGAGAUCAUUACUCGCUGAAAACAACAUUCAAGCUUCGACCUUGGUGAAGGAUGAAGCUGUUAAGAGGAAGAUCGUGAUGACAGCCAGAGAGUCUUGGGAUAUUUAUUUCUGCCGUUUGUUCCCUGCCUCUGUGAGUGUUGGCACUGGAGUGCAAGUUCUGGGAGUAUCCCACAAAGGAAUCAGCCUGCUGAAACUAGUGAGAAGUCGCAGCACUCCGGCAGAGAACCUGAGGGUACUCAGAAGUUACAGCUACACAGACAUCUUGUUUGUCACCAUCCCUUCUGAAAACAUGUUGGAUUUCAACCUCACCAAUGAGAAACUGAUUUUGUUUUCCUCCAAGGCUCCACAAGUUAAGGAUAUGAUUGAUUACUUCAUCACUGAGCUGAAGAAGGAUUCUAAUUAUGUUGUAGCAGUGAAGAGUCACAACAAACAACAGCUCCUUCCUGCGAUUCACAAGGGAGACAUCAUCUGUCUGCAAUCCUCGGAUGGUGUGGAGGAUGACUGUUGCUACGGAUGCGUAGUCAGAAAGAAGGUGAUAUCUGAGGAAUUAAGAAAACACAUUCCUGAUUUUGGAUGGAAAUUUGGAGCUUUCCAUGGCCGAUCAGGGCUGGUUCCACUAGAGUAUGUGCAGCGUGCUGCUCCAGAUUUUGCUUCCCCUCCAGUCAGUGAGUUUAUAGACAGUAUCCCUGAGUAUGGCCUUCAGGAUAACCAGUACACCAUGACAGAAUUUGCAAAGAAAUACUUCCGCCAGCCACAGAAAUUUAAAAGUGAAUCUAACAAAGAGAAAUCUAAGAAAUCCAAAGAUCAUAAGGAACCAGCUGAGCUGGUAAAGUACACAAAGACUCCAAUCCAAGAGUCUCUGAUUGAAUUCUCCGAUGAAAAUAUGAAUAAGUUAGCAGCCGAGAUUUUUGUUGCUGUCAUGAAAUUCAUGGGGGAUCAUCCUCUCAAAGGUCAGACAGAACAAGACGUGAUCUACACCAUCCUUAAGCUAUGUGGCGAGCAUGAGGUGAUGAAAGAUGAAACCUAUUGCCAGAUUAUCAAACAGAUUACCGACAACACCAGCUCUAAAAUUGAUAGCAUCCAGCGUGGCUGGAGGCUACUCUAUAUCCUCACCGCCUAUUACAAGUGUUCGGAAGUACUUAAACCAUACCUCUUUAAAUUACUGGAGAUUGUUUGCAGGAUGCCAGGUGCCAGUUUUCAAGGAAUCGCAAAAGCUUGUCAUCAAAACCUGAAGAAAACUUUCCAGUUUGGCGGUAGAACCCAGUUCCCAGAUGGCAUGGAGCUCAAAGCCAUGGUGGCUGGUAGGAGCUCAAAGCGCCAAGUCUUUUUGUUGCCUGGCAAUGUGGAGCGACACCUAAAGAUAAAAAACGUGCUCGUUGAUGUGAUUGAAGAUUUGUGCACUGAAAUGGGACUGCAGAGCCCAGAAGCUGCAGAGGAAUAUUCUGUUUUUGUCAUCACCAAUAGAGGGCAAAACGUGCAACCACUCAACAAGAAGGAUUACAUCCUCGAUGUGGCUGCAGCAACAGAACAAGCUGAUCCAAACUUCACCUUCUGUUUCCGACGAAUCCUCUGGAUUCAGCCUCUGAAAUAUGAUAAUGAAUUGUGUGUAACUGUGCAUUAUAACCAGAUAGUUGCCGAUUACGUGAAGGGACUCUUCCAUGUUCUGAGUCAGGAGAUGAUCAGUGAUAGUAAGCUCCAGCAAGUGUCAAAACUGGCAGCUCUACAACAUCGGGCAAAGGACAGUCUCUAUCUUCCCACCAUUCGUGAGGUGCAGGAUUAUGUCCCUGCCCAAAUUUACCAACAUCAGCGUCCACAAUCCUGGCUGAGUAUGGUAACUCAGAAUACCCAGCAUGUUCAGGCCCUCAGUCCACACCAGGCCAGAGCCCAGUUCCUCGGACUUGUGAGUGCAUUUCCUAUGUUUGGAUCCUCGUUCUUCUACAUUCAGAGCAGCAGCAACAGUGCAAUAGUUGCUCCAUGUAUUCUAGCUGUCAAUCAAAAUGGACUCAAUUUCCUGGACAAGGAGACUCAUGAGCUGAUGGUCAAUUUCUCAUUGAAGGAGGUACAAUCCACACUAACCGAACGAUUGGAUCCCAGUAACAGCUAUCCAUAUGUUGAGAUUAAACUGGGAGACUUGAUGUCUGAAAGAAUAAUGCAACUUCAGCUCGACCAGGCUCUGGAAAUGUGCCGAGUCACAGCCAUGCACGUGGAGGCAAUGCUAUUGGCUCGAGAGAAGAGGCUGACCCUUCCCCCUAGUGAGAUUACCUUGCUGUGA